GUCGGUUUCCCAAUGGCUACAUCUGUUGCACGUUGAGUCAUGACUCGAGGGUUAGGCUAGUCAUCAUGAGGGGUCGCACAGUAUGGUUAAGCCCUCUAUCCCAGCUGUGGACUGACAGGUGAAGACAUAAAUAAAGCCGUUCCCUUACCACGCGUGGCCUUCAAAUCUUGACUCUGUCGCAUCCACGUCAACUUAUCACUUUUCGCAAUGCUAUAUGCUGAGGAUGACAAGCUUAUUUUCCGGUUCGAUGAUCACCUCCUCUGGAUACAGCCAUGGGGUGAGAAUGCGCUCCGUGUGAGAGCUACGAAGCUUGCAUCCAUGCCCACUGAGGACUGGGCCUUGUCUACGAAGCUAGAGUCGGAUCGACCUAUCAUCGAUGUAGAGAAGAGCAAAGACUCAAGCAUCUCCAACGGCAAGAUCAAAGCCACCGUUUCCCACCGUGGCAAGAUUACCAUCUACAACCACAAGGGGGUCAAGCUUCUAGAAGAAUACGCUCGUCACCGUCGUGACCCGAAAGACCCCAAAUGCAGUGCCCUGGAGAUUGAAGCUCGAGAGCUGCGACCAAUUCUCGGAGGCGACUUUCAUCUGACUAUGCGUUUCGAGUCCCUCGAUCCUAAAGAGAAAAUCUUUGGGAUGGGCCAGUACCAGCAGCCCUUUCUCAACCUCAAGGGGACCGACAUUGAACUAGCACAUCGGAAUUCACAAGCCAGCAUACCGUUUGCGCUUUCCUCCCUUGGGUACGGGUUUCUCUGGAAUAGCCCGGCUAUCGGACGAGCUGUGCUAGGCACCAAUACCAUGAGCUUCGAGGCCUAUUCGACCAAAGUGCUGGACUACUGGGUCGUCGCAGGCGACACCCCAGCUGAAAUCGAGGAAGCCUACAGCAGGGCCACCGGUUAUGUCCCAAUGAUGCCCGAAUAUGGCCUUGGGUUCUGGCAAUGCAAGCUCCGCUACUGGAACCAGGAGCAGCUCCUCGACGUUGCCCGGGAAUACAAGCGAAGAAACGUACCACUUGACUUGAUCGUCAUCGACUUUUUCCACUGGAAACAUCAAGGAGAAUGGAGCUUCGACCCUGAAUUCUGGCCCGAUCCAGAUGCCAUGAUUCAAGAACUUAAAGCCAUGAAGGUGGAACUAAUGGUCUCGGUCUGGCCGACCGUCGAAACUGCCUCGUCUAACUACGCCGAAAUGCUGGAACAGGGUCUUCUAAUCCGCCACGACCGCGGCCUCCGCAUUGCAAUGCAAUGCGAUGGCGACAUCACCCACUUCGACGCGACCAACCCAUCCGCGCGAGCCUUUGUCUGGUCCAAAGCCAAAAAAAACUACUACGACAAAGGGAUCAAAGUGUUCUGGUUGGACGAAGCCGAGCCUGAAUACUCAAUCUACGACUUUGACAUCUACCGCUACCACGCCGGUAGCAACCUCCAGAUCGGCAACAUCUUUCCCAAGGAAUACGCACGCGGAUUCUACGAAGGCAUGCGUGCCGCAGGCCAAAGCAACAUUGUCAACCUCCUCCGGUGCGCCUGGGCCGGCAGUCAAAAGUACGGAGCCCUAGUCUGGAGCGGCGACAUUGCAUCCUCAUGGAGCUCCUUCCGCAACCAACUCGCCGCCGGCCUCAACAUGGGCCUAUCCGGAAUCCCCUGGUGGACCACAGACAUCGGGGGCUUUCACGGCGGCGAUCCAGACGACCCAGCAUUCCGGGAAUUGUUCACGCGCUGGUUCCAAUGGGGGACAUUCUGUCCUGUGAUGCGCCUGCACGGCGAUCGGGAGCCCAAGCCGGAGAACCAACCCACCGCAUCCGGCUCCAACAACGAAAUCUGGUCCUAUGGCGAGGAAGUCUACUCGAUCUGCAAAAAGUAUAUCGGGAUCCGCGAGCAACUGCGCGAUUACACAAGAAGUCUAAUGAAAGAGGCGCACGAGAAAGGCACACCCGUCAUGCGCACCCUCUUCUACGAGUUCCCGGAUGACCCGCGCGCCUGGACCGUGGAAACGGAGUAUCUGUUUGGCUCGAAGUAUUUGGUCGUGCCGGUGUUCGAGGCCGGCCAGCGAACUAUCACCGCAUAUCUACCGGCGGGGGCGUCAUGGAAGGUUGGGGGGGAGGAUGACAAACAGGAGAAGAUCUACGAGGGAGGACAAGAAGUGCAAGUGGCGUGUCCUAUUGAGAGAAUGCCCGUAUUUGUCAGGAUUUAGCAGACAUGUAUCGCCGGGAAGUAUCACACACAAAGUUCGAUAUAACAAGUUAUACCGAUGAUGACAGGGGAUAUCACUAUCACAAUGCAAUAGCAAGGUAGGCAGG